UGCUAUUCUGAGACCAGUGAUCCAGUUUUACAUGUCACUCUUCUUGGUGGUGAGUGGGGUUCAUCUGCUGGUGGGUUGUCAACUAUAAACAGAGAGCUUGCUAUUCACCUUUCACAGCAGUCAGCAGUUAAGGUUUCUUUACUAGUCCCAGAGGGGGCUUGCAAUAAUGAGGAAAAAAAUGAAGCCCAUAACUAUGGAAUCACUAUUGUUGAGACAAAGAGACGUGCAGCAUUUGAUCGUCUUGAUUGGUUAAGCUUUCCACCCCAUGAGCACCUCAUGGACAUUGUUGUUGGCCAUGGUGUAAAACUUGGUCGGCAAAUACAGGUCAUAAGAGACUCUGCUCGAUUUCCAAAUUGUAAGUGGGUACAAGUGGUGCACACUGCUCCAGAGGACCUUAGCAGAUGCAAAUGCUACACUGAUCCCAUUUCAAAAGGUGAAACAAAACACGAAUCAGAAGUUGAACUUUGCAAACUUGCUGAUCUCGUUGUACCCGUGGGGCCGAGACUGAAAGAAGCAUACGCUUCAUAUUUACAGCGAUGUAAGACAGAUCAAGACGUUUCAUCCAUUACUCCAGGCCUUUUUCAAAGGGAGUUUGGGGAUUUAGUAGCAAAACAAGAUCCUAAGGAGGAUGGUGAGUUCAAAGUGUUGUUAUUUGGUCGUGGGGAUGAUGAGGACUUUGAACUCAAAGGAUAUAACAUUGCUUCUCAAGCAUUCACUGAUCAGCGGUUAAAAAACAAACCCUAUCAUCUAAUCUUGGUCGGAGCCCCUGAAGGAAAACAAGAAGAAGUCAGAGAAAAACUUCUUCAGCGAGGUAUUGCAGAAGCACAGUUGACCGUUAGAAAAUUUAUACAAAGUAGAGACAGACUGAAAGAUUUGUUGUGCGAGGCAGAUCUUGCCAUCAUGCCAUCAAAAUCAGAAGGAUUUGGUCUUGUUGCACUUGAAGCCUUGUCUGCAAGUCUACCUAUUAUUGUUGGUAGUAAGUCGGGAAUUGCCAAAGCAUUAGAACAUGUUCCUAUUGGUCAUUCAUGCGUCGUGAAUUCAGAUGAUCCUGCCGAGUGGGGAAAAGCCAUUGAAGAUGUUCGUGACAGGCAUCGAAUGCGGCUGGAAGAGAUUAGAACACUAAGGGCGUCUUACGGAGAAAUGUACAAUUGGAAAGAACAAUGUGAAGAACUUGUGAAGAAAAUGUGGGAAAUGGUUCAUGGUAUGAUUUGUUAAAGUAUUAAAAUUAAGUUGCAAAGUGAGUUUUUAUAUCAAGUUGAUUUGAAAUGAAGCAUUGAUCACUUCGCUCUCCCGAACAACGAGGGAGUAGUUCUUUUGUCGGUCAAUUUAUUUUUCUCCGCCUGUUUUGGCAAGAGUCGUGGUAGUACUACUGACUAAGCAAAAACUGACCAUGGCAGGCACUCCCUGUUUAUUAAACACCCAGUGUACCUAGGCUGCUCAGUGGAAAAUAACUGUUUGUAUUUUUUCCUUUAGUAAAUUUCAAUGCAAAUUUUAAUCAAUACUUAAUUGUCUUUACAGGGUCUUCUAUAAAAAUCGACAGCAAACCAACAACAAAUUCACUUUUUGAAGAGCAGCUUGUUGCAGGAAGUUCCCAUUUUAGAACCUCUGAAAACAAAGCCUCUAUUUCAAAAGGAAAGAAAACUGAAAAAUCUACGAGUAGCGAGUCUCAAAAAAGCCGUACGCGUAAAAACUCGAGAUCUUCCUUUAAUCCAGGUACGAAGAAACAUGACAUUUUUUUAUUACUUCUGGCUUUUAAAUUUUAAGUGGAUGGGUUAUUGUUAGAUGACUCAAAGGUGAUUAUUUCUUCAGAAUUUUGUGCCGUUUACACCGUGGCUGUGUAUUUCACGUUGGCUUCGGAAAUGCAACAAAUCUGGGGACAAGAUCACAUUCAGCCAAUCACGCAACAGACAAGAGAUUUUUAAGUCGCUUGAUUAGACUAAAAUAAGUUUCUGUAGAUUCUUCGCUUAUCCUCAGUGAAGGGUUAUUAUUUUUCAAAGGUAUUUUCUUUGCUUUCAGACAUAAUUACAAGGCACAAUUUUCAAGAACUAAAUGAUGAACAGAGAAAAAUAGUCCAUGAAACUCUACAACGUCAAAUACAACUGUACUUACAACAUCGUACCAUUGCAACUUCAGAAGGAGUGUCUGGCCUGAUUGAAUAUAUAAAGAAGACGCACAACGUGGCCUUGGAAUCUGUGGGUUUGGGAUCUCUGGAAGUAAAGUUUCGGUGCACCUCCCUGGAGAGUCUUGAAAGUUUGUGGAAUGAUUAUCAGUCUGGUCACCUUAAUCACAUUGCGGAGAGAUACCUUGUGACUGAUGACAUAAGGAGAAAACUGAACUGUGAGAAUGUCAGAUUGAAGACAACUAUCGAUGAAGAAAACUACCAAAUGUGCGAGAAGAUUUUGAAGGAAAAAUCAUGGGAGUUGCAAGUCCUCUCUGAGCAAUUAACGGCGGUACAGUUGAAAGGUAAAAUUAGACUUUUAAAUUAGUCAAUCAAUACCAUUGACCACUCCAGAAAAUACCAUAACAUACCAUAAUGUUCUUUGUUUGUCACCCCAAAAUUUUGCAUAAGCAGUGUCUUCAGUUUCUCUUGGGAGUUAAAAUGGCCCCGCGAGAAACUGAAAACAAUGCUUACGCAAAAUUUUGGGGUGACAAACAAAGAACAUUAUGGCAUGUUAUGGUAUUUUCUGGAGUGGUCAUUUCAAUUUGCUUAUUGUGGGCCAAAAUUUACAGUUUACACUGGCCCUUCUCUACUUAAAAACCUGAUUAAGGGUCUGAUUGUUUCUUAUGGCAGUGAUACUUUUCCUGACAGCAGCUAUCCUGGAUCAAAAAAGGCAGUGUUUUAAAAUGAUCAUCGUCGUAAGGUGUUACACUGCGGGGCGAAUCAUUAACAUGAGGGAAUAGGCCAUUUGCACCCAGAGGUCAUGUGAUGUCGUUUUUAUGAAAAUGAAAGUUAUAUGAGUUUGCCUUCGAAAACUGAUUAGUGGGUCAUAUCUUAAACAAAAUAAUAGUGAUUUCUUUUGUCAAACCCGCGGCAUUUUCUUAAAAUGUUUAAGUUCGUAACUGGUCACGUGACCAAAAUGUGUUUUUUAAAAAUUAGGAAUUACAUCUUUCAGAACACAAAUUUUGCACUUAAAGUUCAAGGGAAAUGUUGAAAAGAUGAUGUGGUAACGUUUACAGCACAUCUGAGCGUAACUAUCAAACGUUUAACAAGAUAUAAGCAAAAAAUUGUUUUGGCCGCCAUGUUGGAGGGCAAGAGUAUGCCCUCCAACAUGGCGGCCAAUACAAAUCAUAUUGCUUUGUUGAAAAAUCAAAAUGCCAUAAAAUAUCUCCCUUAAAUGCGUUUCCUCUCAAAUUUCGGGUGUAAGGUAAUUUUUAUGUGCUCUGUCAAAUUUUUGGCAUCAGCAACAUUCCAACUCAUUGUUUAAAGGAAGCAUUGGUCACGUGACCUCUUAGUGCAACUGGCCUAUUAAGGAAUCUUCUGAGCUUCAAAUUACUUCCCUGAAACAGUUUGGCACUUUGCACUAAAUGAACAGAUAAUUUAAUGAUAACGCAUAAAACAUUAAUCGAAAUAAGAUUAACCCAUUCGCUCCUGGAGAUUUUGCCGAAAAACGCGUUUUGAAGCUAGUCGAGUGGUUUUCUGGUCACUGUCGUGCUAUAAAGGGCUAAAACUUACCACAAACCGCUUUACAGGUCGUACACUUGGCGGCCUUCUGAUCCAGAUGCAAAAUAUGGGCUUGCGAAGUUCGGGCAUGCGCAGAAAGUAAAAAUUUCGGCAUUUCGCUUUCUCUCCACCCUUCUUUUUUCGCUUUUCUUGCCUCAUUUUUUUUUCUCUUGCUGGGCAUUUAGUAGGCUUCAUUUUGGUGGGAAGAGUUUUUGGGAAAGCUUUUAGGAUCUUAGGAUUAGGUGAAAGGAAAGGUAGGUGGGUAAUGUUACAAGAUUUUCAUGGAGAUUUUCAGGUCCUUGUCACGUGGUUUUUUGCUUCUUUCUCCGGUGUCCUUGACUAAAUUGUGCUCAUUCUGGUAUGGUUUGAAAGAUCUCUUCACUCUGCACAAGUUAGCGAAGAAAGUUGUCCUUGACCGUUAAAACUGAUGACGUCACAAAGGGUAGAAAGGACCUGGAUCCGCACGGGCGGUUACGGGCGGUUCAGGGGCGAAUGGGUUAAGCAUUCAUAACCAAAAGAAGUUGUAGUGUUCAUUUCAGCAGGUAAACUAUAUGACCACAAAAGGGGGACUGUUAGUUGACGUUCAUGUUUUUGUACCUGGCUGUGAGUAUUUUAUGUAAUAAUACAUUCACAACAGAUGAAUUUCAUGCGUGUUUUUGUUAUUUCAUUCUGUGUUAGCAACCAGCGAUGGCUUGUCACCUUUACCUGAAUCAGAUCAAGAAGCAGCUUCACUUCUAAUUGACACAAACCCAUAUGGUUCUGAGGUAGGCAGCUUUGCACUUGGGACUAAAAAUGAAAACAACUGAAGAAUAGAAAGGAAGAGAAAUCGACGUGUUGCAUCGGGUUUAAUCUGCAUUUUAAUGUCCACUCAAUUCUGCAGAAAUAAUAGCUCGGAAAAAUGUACGACAGUUGUCAAACCCAUUUCCGUUAGACAUUGUCGAAACGGAAGACUGGCUUGGUUUCAUUUCAUUAGUAGGAAUUGUAUGGAAAUAUUAUAAUGGCAUGAUUCAAAAAGAAGUGGUUGUUAAUUUUUCGUUGCAUCUUAGUAGAAAUUUCAAAUGUUAGCUAAGUAAUGUUUUCUAAGACCUCGGAAUUUAAUACAUUGAGAAACAUUACGUGCAGUCAUAAGUGAGACGUAAUUUGCCUUGUAAUUGCACAUUUCACCCGUUUAGCCAAAAUGAGACGAAAUACGGUAACAUCUUGAACGACGGCAGACUUUGCCAAUCUUGAGACAAAAAAACUCUGAUGCAGGCGACCAGAAAGAAAUCUAGAAAAUUAACCGACUACGGAAAACAACUUCUACCCCGCGCGCUGAUUUCAAAUGUGAUAAUGUUUUACGACACGGAGAGAAUGAUGGGAAAUGAUAGGUAGGGGAGAAGAGGGGGUGGGGAAAGAUGUAAACAGCAUUAUGUACAAAUGUUUUUUUUUUGUCUACUGCAGCUUACUAGGCUUUUUUUGUACUUCAAACAUCAUAACAAAAAAUGGUCAAGUACUGAACAAGCCUCAAAUGAGACUUGCUAAAAAAUCCUGGAGGUACCUUUUGCAAAUCCAGACUGACAUACAUGUAUGUAAAUGUCAUAAGUAUCACUUGGUGGAAGGGUUAACUGAAAAUUCACUCUCUGAUAAAAGGGCAUUUUUUGAAACAGGCGUCAAGAGGCCCUCUACACAAGGCUGCGGUCAGUGGACAAUACGAGCUGGUUAAAAUGCUUCUUGAAAGUGGUGAAGAUGUGGAUCAAAGAGAUCAGGUUUAAGUCUCGGCCAAUCUAUGUAAAUCUGAUGCUUACUGAUUCUUAUAUUCCUUUCUUGCUUUAGUAGGUUACCAGCAGAAGGUUGUGUUUGGGCUUUGCUCCAGUAGUACAUGCUUUGCUUUCAAGAACCAACACUGCAUUCUGAUUGGCCGGUAUUGACAAGCGUGAUUGACAGACAGCAAAUUUUUGUUUUCUUGAAAAUAUCUAUAAGUCGUAGAUGUUCAUCAGUAGACUGCCUAAGUUAUGUUCACACUAUACCUCUUUACCUCUCUGCCCCGGCCCGGGGCAGAGAGAGUUUGGUGUACUAAAUUCUUUUCCUUACUCCUUAAAAUUUACUUCCAUCUCUGGGUUCCAGUACUCGCUCCUACUUAUUUAUUUCCGCGACGGUCCCAAAAGGUCCUCACACUGCAAGAUUGACACAAAACCUAUCCGGUAUGUGACGUUCCACUUUUGAGAUCGGCGCGGCAUAGUUUCGCUUCGUCACAGAAAUCGCUCUGCCAAAAUCGUUCUUGUUUAUGAACAGAAAUGAACAGAAGCCCCAUCCGGUAAGAUUUUCGUGGCGGCGCAAAGGCCAUCAUUAGUAUGGCAUUGGAUCGCUUUUUUUCAAUCUUAUCUAACUGCGUUAUUCUUCCUGUUUUCUAUAGUUUUCUUUGACUCCUCUUCAUCUUGCCUGUUGGUAUGGACAGGAAUCUGUUGUCAAACUGUUAUUGACCUACGGAGCGAACGUCGACGCUGAAGACAGCGUAAGUCUAGGGGGUGGGGCAAGGGAAGUUCUUGUUUUUCGAGUACUAUUUAUUCACAUACGAAUCUCUCAGAGAUGACCAAUUACAUUGAAUUGGCAACCGUAUUAAUGUAUUCAAAUUUUCGACUUUUAAAGUGCCUAUCCCCCGUAUUCAGUCACAUUAAAGGGACAGGUUCACGGUUCAAAACUAAAACCUUCGGGUCAACAAUAAAUUCCGCGUUGGUAGUGUUGGCAUAAUCCACUAAUUUUUUCUGCGAUUUUAGUACUCCUCCAUCCUACUUCAGGUUACUCUGAAAUACAAUUCUACUUUGAAAUACACUCUUAGAUCGCUGAGAUACAUGUGAGUGGGAUUAUUAACCGAUAGAAUUAAUAAUAAAUUGGAAAGAAGUAAUUUAAUUAAUAAGCAUGCGCUUAACCGUGAACCGACUUUUAAAGUGCCUAUCACCCGUAUUCAGUUACAUUAAAGGGACAGGUUCACGGUUCAAACAUAAAACCUUCGGGUCAACAAUAAAUUCAGCGUUGGUAGUGUUGGCAUAAUCCACUAAUUUUUUCUGCGAUUUUAGUACUCCUCCAUCCUAUUUCAGGUUACUCUGAAAUACAAUUCUACUUUGAAACACACUCUUAGAUCGCUGAGAUACAUGUGAGUGGGAUUAUUAACCGAUAGAAUUAAUAAUAAAUUGGAAAGAAGUAAUUUAAUUAAUGAGCAUGCGCUUAACCGUGAACCUGUCCCUUUAAAUUUCGAACAUUUAUGUAGUUUAAAGAAUUUUUGGGAAGAAAUAAAAGUUGUUUUGCGUUUCAACACAGUUUUAUCGAAGGACGAAAUCGGCAAUUGGAGGCUAAUUUCCCGCCAUAUUUAUUCAAAAAGGAGUGAUUGCGAGACCUGGCACUAAAUGCUUGUGACGUCAACCCGGUAUCUUGUAGCCAAUCGUGUUAUCGCCGAGACACCGGGUUGACGUCACAGGCAACUCUGCCCAGUCCCCCAUAAGGCGCUUUUAUUUACUUCGUGAACGGGGAUUUUGAUCGCCUGUUAAAAAUCGAGAUUAAGCUCAAAUCCCAUUCUGUUGCUUGUUUUUGCAUGUUGGACAUGUAGACACCACAACACUAUAUGUUGUACUACUUUAUGUGGACAUAUCGUUAGUUAGACUAUUUUUCUUGUUGGGAAAUAGCAUGUACAUGUUACACAUUUUACUCUGCUUGUGACGUUUUUAGUUUCAACGAACCCCUCUGCAAAAAGCUGAGCGUCGAAACCACCACUCCAUAGUGCAGUUGCUAUUAAAGAAUGGUGCCAGGCCAAGUUUUCGUCAACCAGUAAGAUAUCAGAUUGUAUGUCCUACUCGCGAAGCGUUGUCUCUCAGAUGAAAUCACUUGCGUUUGUUGUAUUCUAUUUCGAUAAUGUUUAACGUUACCGUAGGACCUAUACAUUGUCGUAUGAGCUUUUAUUCCAGCUUUUAUCACGAAGACCUUAUAUUUGUUCUUCUGUACAGGAACAUUAUAUAUAUUCUCUCGGUUACGCCCACCCGUUGAUCAAGGGACAACAAAAACGUCAACAUUGGUUGGGAGGGUGGAGGUGAGAUCCACAAAGUCUUGUUUUCCAGGUCAGUCUGUCGAAAGGCCCUUGGACACCUUAUGAAGUUUACACAACGUAGUGUUCCUUAUCGUCUUGCAGAUUAGGGUUAGGCACUGCCUUUACUGAUAAGGGUUAAGCACUUCCUUUACUGAUUAGGGUUAAGCACUUCCUUUUCUGAUUAGGGUUAAGCAAUGUUUCGAAACUGGUUACGUUCUUUUGUUGAGUUGGGGUUGAUGCUAUGUGUACUUUAAUUAUUUCCCUACCAUCCAAUAAAUCGUCAGUGGUCUAGUGGUCUAGUGGUUAGUGGAUGGAUAGUGUGGUGUAGUGGCAAUUUAGGUCAUGGGUUCGAAUCCUCUUUUCCUUCACAUCAGUUUUUUUUCUUUUAAAUUGAAGAGACUUGCACUUUCAUAAAUGAUUUCCAGCUUGAAAUAUCAUCUAAGUGUGAUAUAAAAGCAGAAAACAGUUCUACCUUGUGUAAAAAUCAUAAGGGGAGAAAGGGCCUUUCGACGGAGUGCUGACCUGUUUACCAAACUUUUACCCUAUCUGACGGCUUCAAAAUUCUCACGUGAUAUUUGUCGCCCGUUGGAACCCUUUUCAUACUUUUGGUCUUCAAUGAUUAUCAUUACUGUCAAACUCAGAAAAGCAUGAACGUUGAAAAUGUUCAUUGUCUUAUGAUCAAUCCCACUGGAGAUAAGGAAAAAGGAGUUAGCGAGCAGCAAGCCAAAAUAUGAAUACCUUUUCUGCUUACUUCUCCCACACUUCUUUGCCUUCUUCCCUCGACACAUAACAUUCCAGAAAUAUUUUUGUUGUUGAACUUGAUAGAAUAAAAUUUGUGCAAUGCGCACGUCUCUUCAUAAAUAUUAUCACGUUUGCGAUUUGUGAAUUUGAUCAUAGUAAGAAUUAUUAACAAAAUGGUGCGAAAAAUUCUUAUUCCUAUCUUUAAGUGGUCUGCCCUUAUGUUACUAAUGACGCCGUAUAUAUUUUAACCAUAGCAACCAACCACCAUCACAUGUUGUGUUAAAUGUAUCCAUUUGCAAUGAGAAUACAGCGAAACCACGUUAAUCUAUUGUCUGCAAAAUUAAGUGCCAAAUGAAUUUCCUCUUUAAUAUUUUCGCUUAAACACAUGUUCAUUUUCAUCAUAGGUCUGUCUAAAGAAACUCACAAGAAAAGCUUUCUUGCAAGUGGAUGAACGAUCUGGAUUUAAUCUGCUCCAGGCGACUGUCUUUGAGGAAAAAUACAACAUUGUUUUAAAAGCUGGUGGCCUUUUUGACAACUUUGUGCAAGAAAUGGAACUUACAAAAACAGGAAAUAACGCCAAAAAAUUUUCUGGCAAAACGGCAGUUGACUUAUUGUCACUUAGAAAGAGAACAAACCCAUUUAAUGUUGAUAUCAAAAGGAUUUAUGAAAAGUUGGCUGAGGACAAGAGCGGACUCACUGAGCUGCAGUGGGGUUCAUGCAAUGAUGAUGUGGAACGGGCAGUUGCACUUGUAUUAAAUGACGGUGUAGAUAUUAAUGCCUCAGGAUCAGACAGUGGUUACCCAGCUUUGCUGCAGGCCAGUCGUUCAUCCUCAAGUCAGUUUAUUGAGACCCUCAUUGAUCUUGGGGCCGACGUUAAUGCCCAA